AUGGCGGCGGCGCCGUCGUGGCAGGUCCCACCCGAGACGCUUGUCACGAUCGAGUACCCCGGCGUGGUCCAAAAAGGCACAGCGUCACUGGAGCGUGCGCUUUCGACGCUCUCGCCAAAUGUCGGCCCGACAGACGGGAUGCCGAGCGCGGCGAGCGCGCUCAGGCACCUCGCACGGGUCCUCUCGCUCGGAGGCAAGCUCGUCGAGUGCCGCCUCGCACCGACCGACGGCGAGGAGGGAGACGCGAUGCAGAUCUACCGGCACCCGUUGCUCGGCGAUAUUGUGAGUGGGAGCGAGCUCGUAGUACGCAUCCAGAAGCGGAUAUGGCGCUGCACGCAUGCGGAUGGCCGAACCGAAGAGCGCAAAGAGUACCUCGUGACGCUUCUCGGCGGCGUGCGUGCUACGGUGCGUUUCCGACGCAUGGCCGACUUUGCGUUCCGGCCGGACGUGCCGUCCGGCGCACACGAGCACCCGACGCUCGCGCUGCACCGCGCCUUGGUCGAGAUGAACGUCGGCGCGAUGCAGCGCUUCCGCUUCCCCAACGAAACGGAGGAGUACGAGGUGCUGGACACAGAGCACGGAAAGCGCAUGCGCAGCGACCUCGCCAUGAUUCCUCCGCCGAUCUUUUCGCGCAUGGAGCUGCCGUUCAAUUAUGGCUAUCGCCAAAACCCCGCGUCGAGUCUGCAGACGGUCUCGUACGCGUCGACGGCCAAGCGGUCGCGGCGCACCGCCCGGAAGGGGCAGGCGGAUACCGAGACGCCCGAGCCGAACCAGCGCAUUCUCACACGGUACCUUAACCGCUCGCGGUGGCGAAACAUGGCGCCGACCGCGCUCAAGUUUGCCGAGGACGCCCCUGCGCCGACCGAGCCCGAGGCGGCACUCGCGCAGGUGCCCCUCUCGGACCGGCACCAAGGGCUCCUCGCCGAGCUGCACAAGCGAUUUGACGAGCGCCCGGUCUGGUCGCGGCUCAGUCUGCUGAAUCAGUUUUCGGUGAGCGAGGCGCGGACACUGGUGCAGGCCAAGGAGCUGUUUGCGCUUGUCGCCUAUACGUUUGCCGAUGGGCCGUGGCGCGAUACCCUGAUCAAGUUUGGUCACGAUCCACGCACGGACCCCGAGAGCCGCUUCUUCCAGCGCAUCCACCUGCGCGGCAAGACGCCACGCACGCCCGCGACGCGGGGCGUGUUCAAGGCCGAAUACGGCGACGUGUCGCAGAGUGUGCGCGACGCCCCCUCUCCUCCUGCCUCUGAGAUGCGCGCCGCGACACACAUCUUUGACGGCAAGCACAGCGCGCUCGCCUCGAGCACGUUUCAGCUGUGUGACAUUACCGAUAUCAGCAUCGUCCCCCUGAUCCAUGCCGAGGGCCCUACCAACAUUCGCGAUACGCCCGACGUCGCCACGGGGUGGUACACGGCCGAGGCAUGGGAGUCGAUCCGUGCGGCGAUCUCGCGGCAGUUCCAUGCGCUGCUCAACGACGCGCCCGCGCCGUCUGCGUCGGCCGCGGAGCAUGCGCGCCUGCGCGCCCCGUGGGACGAGUCGCAGGACCCCCCCGGCAGCUCGUCGAGUGAGGAUGCAUAG